GAGCUUAUAAGAGAAUUAUAUGGCGUCUGUUGCAUUGAUGUUCUUGGAGCUUCAAGCUUCGAGCUUCGAGCUAACCUACCGUUUUUAAGUCCAGCCUCUCAUCGAAGAGUAACUUUAAAGAUGAAGGCAAAUCAUAGCAAAGGUCUUAGCGCUUUUGCUUUGGAUAUAAAUUCUAGGUGCUAGAAUCAUUCCAUAUCGACAUGAGCUUCCCCUAUGCUACCACAAAAUGGAGUCAAUAGCCAAAUGCACCUGCGUGCUCGCAACGACGCCUAGACUCGGAUUCGAGAUUUUCACACCAGAAUUCAUCGGCACAUUCGCGGUGAUCUUCCCCCUAGCCGCAUACCCCUUCAUGUUCUCAGACCGGGACCAAACCUGCCGGCAUGUCCUUGGCUUAACGGCCUUGUUCUCCUUACUCGUCCAAAUAGCCAAUAACUAUGCCUGGGCUAUGGGCUACGAGUAUGCCGAGUUCUCGCCUUGGCUGCUCCCCUUGACGAUCUUCUCCGCGUUUGUUAGCCUUUGGGAUGCGGACGGACACGAGUCGGAUGUCGACUGGCAACCGGUGCCUUUUGUCGACACCGAGGCCAGAUAUGUCAUGCUGACAUUCUACAUGUUCCUGUCUCACGUCUUCGCAAACGUCAUUUCUCGCUUCGAGCCGGUAGCCUCGAUGGAUGACGCGUUCUAUCUCGCGGCCUUAGUCUUUGUCGUUGUCAGGUUCGCUCACGACAUCUGCGAGGACUUCAUGAAGAUCACCGCCACGAUAUACCAUCGCCUCGCGACACGGCGCGUUCCUGGCUGGUUUUGGAUCCAUGCUGACGAGCCCGAAUUGUUCAGGCCCAGAUGGAGCGUCGUACUUACGGUGGUUGUGGGUAUGUCCGCGCCGGUGCUGGCGUUUUUAUGGGCGUACAGCAUGGGGUAUAUCGUAUCAAUAAGUCCAAAUCCUGACGUCUCUACUGGCUUUGUGCCCAAUUCCAACUUAUCGAAAUGUUAUUGUACGUGGAGUGACCUCCGUGGGGAUGACGAGUAUGUCCUAUAGGAGGGAAAAGAUACCUAGACUUGGGAAGUUGGGUUGCUGGCCGAAUGAAUAGGUACAUGUAUAUACGAAUGAUACCUAGGUACUUAGGUAGUAUAUGAUGUGUGGCGGUGAUGGCGGUGGUGGCUUAUAUGUAUAGGUAUCUUUAAAGUUGCCUAGCAACCUCUCAAUUCAUUGGUCG